AAAUGAUAUCAUCUCAGCAGUCCCGCAGGCUGCUCCACAGCCUCUCCUCUCUCAGCUGCCCCUCCAGCUCCCCUGCCAUCUCCCUGGCGCCCUCGUCACGCCUGGCGCCCGAUGCAACGACCGCAACUGUUAGCUCCUUCCAGCAACUGCGCUUCACCAAGCACCCCUACAAGCCCAAGACACGUGAGGUGGUGCACCCCCACAUCCCGCACCCCGAGUUCCUGCCCCUGCCCAAUUGCUACCGCGCCGUCACAGAUCCCAACCAGUCCUUCUACCCUCUCGGCUACAGGGCCGAGAAGCACAUCGAGUCGCUCCGCACAGGCGAGUACCUGGGGGAGGACUACCCUUACAACCUCCUGCAGUGGCGCUACUGGCGGCGGCGGAAGUACAACGUCACCCAGCAGACGCACCCAUGGUUCACGUCAGAGGUCAAGUGCGUCGACUAUCUGCGCCCGUUCGCUGUGUUCACCACGUCGUGGAUUGAGAACGGCAGGCAUCGGGUGCGGCGAUUUCGGACGGCGUAUGGCGUGCUGCGUGCGAGGCGGGCUGCGGAGAAGUUCCGCAUCGACAUGAUGGCGCUGGGUCGAGUGGACAACAGAGCGACGGAGAGGCAGCGGCGGCUCAAGUAUCUGGAGGGGCGGGCCGAGAGGCUGCGCAGGAAAUACAUCUUCCACAAGGUGGCUGCCGGACAGUUCUGAG